AUGAAGCGCGGGGCGGCUAGUACCGAUCCCAUCGAGCUGGCUGACGAGGACUCCGACGGCGACAAGAGAAGAUCUCUCUCUCUCUCACGACGACCGGCUGCCCGGAACCUCAUUGAAAAAGAAUUUUGCGUCCAAAAGAACCCCACGAAGUGCCUCGGGUGGGGGCUCAAAGGGUUUGUGGUGCAGUCGCCCGACGACGCGCAGGGCGCCCUCACGGUCUCCCUCAGGCCGUGCGCGACAGUGCUGCGGCGGCGGGCCGGAGAAGGGCAGAAGGCCAAGUACGGCAACUACCAUAUCAUCAAGCUCGGGCCGAUCGUCGACGGCCUCUACGAUUACAGUGUUGUCUCCAACGCCUCUCCCGCCUCCCAGCUAUACAUCCUCACGCGAGACUGA